AAAAGUCAUUUCCCAACAAAAUGAUCAAUAAAUGGCAAAGCACCCCUAAAUUUCUUAUCUCGUCAAAAUGGACUGUAAUUGGCGUUAUAGAGCAAUAAUUGGCUUGUUGUGUGCUACUCACAUCGUUUUGGUAAAAAAUUUUGUUGAUUCUGUAAAAUAUGAGAGUGAAAUACAAAAUUCAGAUGAAAGUGUUAACGAACACGCAAGUGAUAAUGGGAUGUGUGCGGAGAAGAAUGUGAUUAGAAAUAAGUCGUUUGGAACGUUCAAGAACAUGGAUUCGCACGAUAAUGCAUUCGGCAAAAUAACCAUAAACCGUGUAGGGGAUGAUUGCCGUAGAGAUGUGGAACGAGGGAAGGCAAAAAGCAGACGGUACACGGCUAAUGGCGGGAAUGAGACAGAAGAAAUUAUUGAGAACAGUUUAGCAGCGAUGUGCGCAAAAGCUGAUGAAAAAGGAAGAAACGAACGGAUCGAUGGUUUGAACAAUGACACGCGGUUUCAAAUCCUUUUUAAAUCGACAUUAAAUUUCAGGAACUGCCUCAAAGAUUUGUUCAAAUGGUUUUGCGCAUAUCUGAUCAAUGGUCAAAACAUGGACACAAACGAAUCGAUUAAGAUAAUAUCGCGCAGUUCUACCACAAGAGCAAGUCAUGUGGCCGCAAGGUCCUGUGAAAGCAGGAAUGCGUACUGUUUGGAGAACUACACGCACGAGAUAUUCAAGUUUCACAGAUUGUCCCAGGAGCAAAUUGAGCAAUUUAUCGAAACCUACAUAUCAUUCUACAAUGACCACGCACCGGAACACUCCAUUGUCGAUAAGCUGUUCCUGCGCUCGCCGUCACGUAUCAAAGAGCGCCAUGCUCAUUUGGCAGCCCUCAGGACUUUAAACAUACGGAACAUCAAACGAAGGGACCGCUAUGCAUUCGUGCCGAUUCUGCAAUGCACCGAAAUAAUCUCCGUCAUACUUUCCGUGUUAUCGUUGUUCAAUACUGUUAUAGCGUAUCAUACACGAAUACGCGGCAGAAAAACACCGCUCCACAACCUUUACACCACCCAGUACUACAUUAGCUGCGUAACAUGGGUAGGUUCUAUCCUGCUACACAUCGAUGAUAACCGCUUCACCCGUUUUUGUGACUAUUUCAGCGCACUUUUAGGAAUUAUGUAUUAUUUCUACACGGCAACCGUACGUCUUCUGCUGUCCUUCAAGGUAAGCAACGUCAAAGAAGUAACAACACAUCUGUUCAACCUGCUUGCUCUUGUGUAUAUAUCGGUUGUACAUCAUAAUAUUAGCAAUUUUGAUCCCAAGGCUCUCAAAUUCGUGUCAGGUAUUUUUAUUUUCCUUUUUCUCACCGCUAUUCUCAUUCAAUCCGUCUUUUUCCACAACAGGUACAUCAAAUACGUCGUUUUUUUCACGAUUAUAGGUCUGAUGGCGGAAUCGUCUGACAUUGAGCCGUUUUGCUUUGUUCUUGAUUCGCAUGCUAUGUGGCACCUCUUUAUUGGAAUACAGAAUUUCUACUACAAUCGUUACUUAGAGGAAGAAAUCUCCUUGAUGGGAGGUGAUCGCUAGUAUGAGCAGCUUCUUGCUCAGCAGGUAUUAAAUUCCAUUUUGAACGUCGUUCUUGCAAUUUGCCCAGUUUAUCGGAUAUAAUACGUGGUUUAUCAUUGGAUUGCAAAUACGGGCAGUCUUUCACAGCCUUUCGACCGCUGUGCUAAUUGCGCGUUUAUUACCGAAUUGAAAGGCAUUUACUUGCCAUCGAUCUCCUUCCAAAAAUUGAUUUAAUUGCUAGCACUGCGCUCUGCCCACUAGAUAUAGUUUCUUGGUAAUUUACUAUCUAUCUUAGUUUAAACAGCUUUUGGUUCAUGAAUCGGUAUUUUUCUCAUGUAUUGGCAUGAUGUACUAAAUUAGCUGCGACAACGGUAGGGCACAAUUCACGAUUACUAUAAAAUGGAGAUUGAUGUGUACACUCAGUGAUAGUGGACCAGAAAUGUUUUUUUGCUCAGUGCAGGUGUUGAUUGUGUGGUAUAAGGUAGGUAGGGCACCGUAUUUGCUGUUCAAGGAGGUGCUUUAUUUAGUGCAGUAGGAAAGCGUGAUAAUUCAACGAUAGUGAUCAUAAGAUUGUCUUUUAGGUGGUUGCACCGUACCUGAACGGCAUCAUUUCUAUAACGAGCUAUGUUGGUGCCAUUUUUAUCUUUAUUUAAGUCAUAUUUUCUUUGUGACUGAGCACAUUAUUUUAUUUAUGAUCUAGCGACACGGUCAAUAAAGUGGGUGAAUAUGGAAAAGUUAAGUUUAAACACCAUUUGUGCACCUCUGUUAUUUGAAAAGGUAGAUUAAUCGAUUUAAUACGCUCCAACCACCACAUACACACAUCUCCUAUUUUUUAUUUCUUGGU